CCUCCAACAUUCAUUGAUUGCAGUGUUGAGUGACAUCGUUCCUGCAUAUUCUUUUCUAAAGAUACCACCACCAAAUCAGAGAUCACCCGACGACCAGUUUCCUCGACAACUCAUCUAUCAAGAAUCGAUCGGCUCUUGCAAAUCGAUGGCCUAUCAUGACAGACUAUCCCAGACUUAACAAAGUCGUCGAUGUGCAGAGUCAACAUUUUGAAACCCCUACAAAGAGAAUUCACGAUGGGGCUGACGUCUCCUUCUUCCUCACCUCCCUGGCUUACAGGGAUAUAAUGACGUUUGUACUUCAAUUGAACCGGUCUGUAGUACCACGGAAAAGAGAUAAUGACGGAUCUACGAAGACUGUGACCUGGCCAAUGAACUCUGAGGAUACCGAAUAUUCAGACUCAGUCACGCGGUUACGUGCCCUUUUGACCAAAUUGCUCAAGUACAUCGACGACACUCCUCCUGACACCGGUCCGCGAAGAUUCGGCAACGUCAGCUUUCGGAAAUGGCACAGGCUUGUUGAGCAUCGCAUGGACGACCUACUGAAUGAAUGCCUUCCGAAAGCACUAUUGCCUGCUCAAAAGGAACUGGGAGCAUACCUACUCGAAAGCUUUGGCAGUCCCCAGCGAUUGGAUUAUGGCACAGGUCAUGAACUGAGCUUUCUCGCGUUCCUGGCCUGCCUGUGGAAGCUCAACUUCUUCACCGAGUCCGAGCCAUGGGCUGAGGAAAGAGGCAUUGUGCUAGGAGUCUUUGAACUGUACCUCUCGCUAAUCCGAAAACUCAUUAAAACGUACACCUUGGAACCUGCAGGAUCACACGGCGUUUGGGGAUUAGAUGACAACUCUUUCUUGCCUUACAUCUUCGGUUCAGCUCAAUUGGCACCCGCCAUAUCCGAGACCGAUGACACGCCGACAGAAGGCUCUCUGCCAGACGCCCCUGAGGCAUCGUGGGUUACCAAGCAAAACUUGGUUGAGAAAGAGAAGGAAACGAACAUGUAUUUUUCGGCCAUUGCAUUCAUUUAUGAUGUGAAGAAGGGUCCAUUCUGGGAGCACAGUCCAAUGCUCUUCGAUAUAUCUGGCAUCAAAGACGGUUGGGGCAAGAUCAAUAAGGGGAUGAUCAAGAUGUACAACGCAGAAGUCUUGUCCAAGUUUCCUGUCGUUCAGCACUUUCCAUUCGGGUCUCUUUUCAAAUGGGAAAAGGACCCUGUAGCUAAACCUGCACCAACAAGCACGCAUGCAUCAAGUCAGCCAUUGCGAAAUCCAAUGGAUACACAUGCCCCAAGCACACUGAGGCCUACAGGUCCACCCGUGGCUGGAGGAAUGACGGCACCAUGGGCUGCACCAGCUUUGAAAGCGCCAGUGGGUUUUGUCGGUGGUGUAACUCAAGCACCUUGGGCGAGCCGAACUCCUGCACCUCUUCCGCCACGAGGAGGCCUCGCGUCAGCACAGAGGAGACCACUACCACCCCUCAAUGAAACGAUGGACGGUCAGGGUCGAAAGCCUCAGUCUGAAAAGCAGUAGCCGAAGCCGGUGUUCAUGACAUAACAACUAGGCAAAAUGCCGUUGCAUAUGUCACGUCGCACGCCGGUGUCCGGCAAGUUAAAAGCCUCUUCCUAAGCACGAAGCCAGUCGGCAGCAGCACUAGUCUUACAUGGCCAAGAUAAUAGCUUCCGGAUAAUAUGGUACGGGUGUCGGCACU